AUGGAUGACGAUUUCGGUGCCGACGAAGACUUUCUAGCUGCUCUCGCGUCUUCGAACCCAGCACCUUCACGCCCCGAGACUCAACCAUCUCGUCCCCGUGUGCAGCAACCGACACCGCAGAAGAUACAGCAGCCCACACCGCAGCGCUUGGAUAGACCACCGCCCGCAAAUGCCUCUGCGAGCGGCAAGAUUGUCCAACCGACACCCCAAGCCCUCCCUCAACGAGGAUCCGGCUCGGCCAUUCUUGUGUCUCCACGGCAGCGGGGCAACCCGGUGCUCGCAUCUCUCAAGUCCAUGCCGUGGGAGUACAGUGAUAUUCUAGCUGACUACGGUCUUGGUCUGACGACAUGUGCAUUGUUCUUGAGUCUGAAGUACCACCGCCUCCAUCCCGAGUACAUCCAUACGAGAAUCCGAAAUCUCCAAGGAAAAUAUAACCUACGUAUCGUCUUGACCAUGGUCGAUAUUCCGAACCACGAGGAGGUCUUGCGCGAGCUGUCCAAGUCCUCAUUGGUCAACAAUGUCACCCUCAUCCUCUGCUGGUCAGCCGCCGAGGCCGCGCGAUACCUUGAGCUCUACAAGUCUUACGAGCACGCCAGCUUCAAUGCCAUCCGCGGCCAACAAGCGUCGACGUAUGCUGAAAAGCUAGUCGAGUUCGUCACAGUCCCCAGGAGCGUCAACAAGUCGGAUGCCGUUGCGCUGGUCAGCAACUUUGGUAGCCUGAAGAAUGCUAUCAAUGCAAAUCCCGAAGAGAUUGGUUUGCUCGCUGGCUGGGGAGCUGUCAAGGUCAACAAAUGGGUCAAGGCCGUCGAGGAGCCCUUCCGAGCACAAAAAUCUGGCAAACGACAGCUAGAUCGGUCGGAACGCACCGAGGAUGGAAGGCCAUCGCAAGCAUCGAGGCUGGAUCAAGCUGUGCCUCUCAGCAGGGUCCCGCUUCGCGAGAUGUCUACCAGGGACUCGGCAAGAGGCUCACCUGCGACGGGCACACCAACGACAACCCAGCCCAAGAGGCCCGCGGCCUUGGAAAGAGGCAAUCCAGAUUUGGACGAGGACGAUGAAGAGGCAAUGAUUGCCGCCGCCAUCGAGGAAUCAAGGCGGACUGCUGAGGUACAAGCACAAGCACAGACGCCGGUGCAGGCGCAGGCGCAGACGAAACAAGUUGACAGCGCAGGUGCCAGAGGCGAUGCACUUACAGACGGGGUCGCUGCCGCACUCGCAAAGUUGCGGAAGCAGGGCUGA